AUGGACCGUUUAAAAGAUAACCACCGACUUACUUACCUCAAAGUCGAAGAUCCACCCGACAGCGCCCCCGGCACGCCCCGGCCGUUAUCACCGAAUGCGCAGCACGCCUUCGAGCAGGGGCAGCAGCACGCGUUUGGGCAGGCGUAUGUGCAGUCGCAGCUAUCGCCCGGGUUCUGGGGCGCGGGGUGGUCGUGGGAGAUUGUCAGCUGUGUGAUUGCGAUCGGGUCGCUGGCGGGGAUUAUCGUGGUGUUGUAUAUUUUCGAUGGACAGAGUACGCCGGACUGGCCGUAUGGGAUUACGCUGAACGCGCUGAUCUCCGUGCUGGUGACGGUGAUGAAGGCGGCGAUGGCGUUUCCGAUUACCGAGGCGUUGUCGCAGCUGAAAUGGUCGUGGUUUAAUGAGGGGAAUAAGUUGAGUGAUUUGGCCUUGUUGGAUGCGGCUAGUCGGGGGGCUGUGGGGGCUGUUGUUGUGCUGUUUAGAUUUAUUCCGAGACAUUUGGUUACUAUUGGGUGUUUUAUUAUUGUCAUCGCUUCGGCGAUUGCCCCGUUCGUGCAGCAGGUCGUCGCUAUCGAUAUGCGAUCGGUACACUCGCCUGAGCAUUCGUCGAUCCAGAUCUGCAACUCUAGUGAGUACAAUGACUGGGGCAGGGGUUCCGGACCCGGUAUGAACAAGGUACCGCUCUCGACGACGGGCGCGAUCUACACCGGUAUCUUCGAAAGCUCAAGCCCAAACAGCAACAGUAUCACCAUGGAUUGCCCGACAGGAAACUGCACGUUCGCCCCGUACCAGUCCCUCGGAUUCUGCAGCAAGUGCGCCAACAUCACGGACUCGCUGGACCUGAACCAGACCGGGUUCGGCAUGGUCCAGAACUACAAAUACACACUCCCGAACAACUGGAACUUUACCACGUCGUAUAGCUCGAUGUAUCUCAUGAACGCAACAGCAGACCGCAAUCUCGUCCAGAUCGAUCCGACAGGCUGGCCGUUAAUCAGCAACUUCACGGCCAUUACGGCCGCAGGAUACGGUAUACCCCCGAGCGUCAGCGCAACAGAAUGCGCCAUCUCCUUCUGCGUCAAGUCAUACGAAGCAUCAGUAAAGAACGGAAAAUUCAGCGAGAAGCUCAUCGACACAGACACAUCCUCCAACUACACCUACGCUUCAGGGACACAAAACAUCGCGCUAACCCCAAAAACAUGCUACUACAACGGAAGCACAUACCACCAACCCUCCGACAACGAAAACUGCACCUUCAACAUCAGCUGGCUCAGUCUAAUAUCCAUGAGCAACUCCCUCGGCCCCUUAUUAAAAGGAAAAGGCUCCCUCUUCGUCAGCAACCGCCCCGACUGGUCCUCCGAAACCGCGCGCGCCAUCUACGGCCAACAAGGCAACCUCACCGAGAUCUCCUCCAUGUUCGACUCCCUCGCCUCCUCGCUAACAACACACGCCCGCUCAAAAGUCUGCGCCGCAACCACCAACGGAACAACCUGGACCGUCGAAUCGUACGUCCACGUGCGCUGGCUGUGGAUGAUUCUGCCAAUUGCGCUGGUGGCGUUUACGUUGGUGUUCUUCAUCGCGACGAUUUGGAAUACGCGGAAUCAGUUUAUUUGGAAGAGUAGUCCGCUUGCGUUGUUGUUCUCGAAUGUCGACGCGCCGGAGGUGCAUCCCGAGUUGAGUAAGAUGGAGAAGACGAGUCAGAGGAUUAAGGCCAAGUUGGAGACUACGGCUAAUGGGGUGCGGUUGAGGCAUCAUCCUUAG